AUGAUGCUUUUAUUCGGAAAUUCAAAAAACAACGCGAGCAGAAAACGAUCGAUAAACCCAAUCAUUUUUCCGAAGCUACAUUCUCUCAAGCGAACUUCGCCUCAGCUGUUUCGCCGACAAUCUCCCGAUGACAGCGACGACCCAGAGUGCUUUCAUCGUGCCAUUGGUGGUAUUUUGCUGUUGGCCCAAUUUUUCGGCAUCCUUCCGAUAUAUUAUGUCCGUGCGGAUACUGUGGAAAAAAUGUCAUUCAGAAAAUACACUCCACGCAAUUUUUAUGCUUACUUUGUAUUCAUUGGUGUAUGCUUCAUGACGGUCGUUUCAAUUGUUCAUAUGAUCACAACACUCGGCACUAUUAGCUUCCAAACUAGAGGAGGUAUAGCGGAUGCCACUGUUGGUGCAAUUUUUUACGGUAAUAGCCUACUGGGUAAUAUAUUGUUUUUAAGGCUCUGUCCUCGAUGGAUAACAAUGCAAUACGAUUGGAGAGCUAUGGAACGAGUUAUCGAUAACAGAGGAAAGUGGUCGAGGCCGAGGCUUCGGGCGAGGUUCAAGAUAAUUGCCGGGGCGAUCCUGGGCCUGGCUCUCCUCGAGCACGUGCUCAGUGUGAUCAACAAUACCCCCAACGAAUUAUGGGGUGGCAAUCACACGUUCGAGGAUUGGUUGGACGUCUACACUAACCGGUCGCACGCCUUUAUUUUGAAACACGUCGACUACAAUUUCACGUUCGGGCUGUUCAUCCUGUUCGUCAGCAGGGUGGCUACCUUCACGUGGAACUUUACCGAUUUGUUCGUCAUUCUGGUGGCCACGGGUAUAGCGGACAGAUACAAGCACUUGAACAAACGCAUCAUGCGAGCGACGCCGCGAGAGCUGACCUUCAUGGAUUGGCACGAGAUACGCGAGUGUUACGCGGUGCUCAGUGCCCUGGUGAAGAAAGUCGACAGCGAAAUUUCCGGGAUCGUACUUUUGUCCUUCAUCAACAACAUCUACUUCAUUUGCUUGCAGCUUAUGAACGGACUCACUCCCAGUGAAUCGGAGCAUUCGAUCGUGAAUUCCUUGUAUUUUUUCGGGUCGUUCUUCUUUUUGAUCGGCCGCUCGGUAUGCGUUACGUUGAUGACUGCGCGCAUCAAUGACGAGUGCAAAAUUAUACUACCCGUCCUCUACAAUUGUCCGUCGGUCAACUACAGCUUGGAGGCCCAAAGGUUGCAGCAUCAAAUUGCAUCCGAUGACAUAGCUCUGACCGGUCAUCGAUUUUUUUCUAUUACUCGGAAUUUCAUGCUUGCCGUUGCUGGUGCUAUUGUCACGUACGAGAUCGUGUUAUUGCAGUUUAACAUUGCGAUGCAGUGAAUUUAAAAAUUAAAAAUAUGAUUAGGGACAAAGAGAGGAAUGGGAUUCAAGACCCAUAGUCAAGUAUUUUUAGAGUUGUACAUGUACAUAAUUUUCAUUACUUUUUUUCAGUGUUUGAUCAAACUUGCAUUGAAAAUUACACUAUAAUUGAGUAAAUUAUUAGAGUACGGUAAUGUGAAAAAGAUUUUCUGUGAUACCUGCAAACGUUACGGAUAACGAAGAUAAUUAAUAUACGUAAUAUAUUUAGAUUGACCAAUACUUGAGCAUUUCUAUCAAAACGUGUCUCCUGAUGGAUUGUAAAAAUUUUUUUUUCUUCAAUACUGUGUACAUCAAAUCGGAAAAUCAAAGCUUAUCAAUAGAAGGUUCUUCUGACUGAUAAUCGAAAAUAUUAACAUUAUCGUAAUUUUCUUGUGCUUAUUGGAUCAUAAAUCACAUUAUCAUAGUUUAAAACUAUAUGGUCUAAUUGGCGAAAAAUAAAAAUAUUAUUGAAGGUGCUACAUAAAAACGUAACUAGCAAAAUAAUUAAUUUACCCUUGUUAUGCAAUAAAAAUCACAAAGUAUCAUCA